CUUCCCUUCCUCUCCCUCCGAGCUUUGAAGAGCCGAGCUCCGGGCAAGCUAAGGGCAGCGGCUUCACCGACUCGCGAAGGGCAUGUGUAAAGCCCUUGCACAUGCUCAGUGGGAGGGGGGCGCGCAGCAGGAGUUACAAAGCUGAGCUGAAAAUGAGCAGAUGCUUGCUAUUGCAAAGCCAGCGAGACCCACCUUAGCUCCGCCUGGCUUGAGAAAGCUGCCGCCGCUGCCCGCCGUUCCGCUCUUCCGGUGCCUUCUCCGGUGCCGAACUGCCAACCGCAGCGGUCGCUGAAGCGGAGAGAGGCAGACGCCGGUGUCACCAGCCUAAACGGGAAGGAACGUGGCUCAAUCUCAGCCGGAGGAGCGUCCACGACUUCAGGCAGAGUCCGCCCUGGACUAGCGGCAUCCCGUCUGGAUCGCCUCUGCGGAAGUCAAGUUCUUUGCAGGAGUUGGAUUUUAGUGCAUGGUGGUGGUCUGUUCCCCUUUCUCCCUUUGAAAAUAAUAAGAAUAAUAAUUCUUUUCUCUGCAAGCAUUAUCACUCUUUCGCUGGAAUGCCACUGCCUGCCUUCCUCCCCCGUUUUGAAAGUCAAGACUUUUAUUUUAGGGCUGCCUGAUAUAUAGCAUCGUUCUACUUUUUCUUUUUUUGGAAAAGCAAAGUACGGAAGAGUUGACAGGUAGUAUCCCUGUCCAGAUUUGAGGACAAUGCCUUUUGAUGGGCAGCUGAAGUUAAAACCAUGCUGUUUUAAAACAAAAACUGGCGAGUGCGAAUAAAGAUAGAAGGAGGGGCGGGGGCAGAAAGAAAGGAGCCAUGUGGCAACCGGAUAUUUAUUCUUCUCAACGCUGAUGGGCUGUGAUCCCCGCAAAGUAGGCUGCUUAAGACAAGAUCAACAUGCAAAGUGAACAGACUCCAAAACCAGCUGUGUGUGCAUCCUAUCUGGUAUCUUUAAUUUGGCUUUGUGAUGAGGAGAUAAAGCUAACUGAAACUCCAAGGCAGAGUCUAGCUUCACAGACUGAUGAGAACAUGAAGAUAAUGAAGGGAGGCAUGAAAGUGACUAAUCUCUUACAUGUGCAUCAAACCCAACAGAGCUUUCACAACUGGAGGUUAGCAAGUGUUAGAAUUAUGGCAGCUCUACCAAAAUUGGCUGACGGGAACAUUUUGCUGAGUCUCCCUCCCCCACCAAAAUAAAGGACAAACUUUUUGUAUGUGUGUACUGUGUGAGAAAGGGAGAAAAGAAGACAACAUGGAUUCAUUCUUUCAUCUCUUCGGCACUAACUUGCAUUUGUUUCCUAAUUUUCUAUGCAUGUGUUGUAUCAGUUCCACCCUCCCACAGCAGAAAGCCAUGAAUGUUAAAGCUGCAGUUUUAAAAACAAGCAAGGACGAUUCAAUGAUAAAGUAUCAUGCUGGAUGUGAUUUUUUUUAAAAUCCCCCUACACUUCACGGCUUAAUAGGCAUCCUUUUGACAUCAAAAUUACAUGUUAGUCUGGUGUACACGGAAGUUGGUGAGAGGGUGCAUUCUUUUUAUCCUCUGGGUUUUCACUGUGGCUACAUAGUUUCUCCUCAAAACACCUACAUUUCAGCGUUGUUCAGUGCUGUGCCUAAUGACCGCAUCUGCGGAGAACUGUGUGUACCUUGUAACAUUAUGUUCCCCACCGCUAUCACCACCUGGGUUUGUGUCAAAAGCUUUCAAGUGUGUUUUCCCACGCCGGUAGCUUGAUUCAUGUUUGAAAUCUGAACAGUGUGUUUUUCAAAGAAGUGUAUGCCUGAAGGGAGGAAACUGCCUCAUGGAUCAUGGCUCUCAUGUUUACAGGACAUUCCUUAUUUCUAGCAUUAGUGAUGUUGGCAGUCUCCACUUUUGAAGUGUCUGUAAGCAAUUACUCUGACUGGGUGACUUUUACCGAGGAUGUGGGUCGGUACGAGAAGCAGAGGCUCGAAGAUCUCAGGAUUAGUCAGAAGAUGAAAAAAGCCGUUCUUCACCCAAGCUUAUAUUUUAAUGCUGAAGAGGUCCCAGCGCUGAGGCAAAAAUCUCACACCAGCCACCUCCACCUUUUCAGAGCCAUCAGAAGUGCAGUGUCAGUGAUGCUGUCCAAUCCAUCCUACUACCUACCUCCACCCAAGCAUGCAGAUUUUGCUGCAAAGUGGAAUGAGAUAUAUGGAAACAAUUUGCCUCCCUUAGCAUUCUAUUGCCUGCUGUGCCCUGAAGAUAAAGCUGCCUUUGAUUUUGUGCUAGAAUAUAUGGACAGGAUGGCUGGAUACAAAGACUGGCUGGUGGAGAAUGCCCCAGGUGAUGAAGUUCCUCUUGGGCACUCCUUAACCGGCUUUGCCACUGCUUUUGAUUUUUUAUAUGCCUCAUUGGAUGAUGUCAGAAGGCAAAAAUACUUUGCCAAGAUAUGGGCCAUGACUGAGGAAAUGUAUGAGUAUUCCAAAGUCCGUGCCUGGGGCAAGCAACUUCUUCAUAAUCACCAAGCUACUAAUAUGCUAGCAUUGCUCAUUGGGGCCCUGGUAACUGGAGGGGGCCUAGAGUCCCAAGCAAAUAACUGGAAGCAUGCUGUAGUGAAUGUGAUGGAAAAAACCAUGUUUUUGCUCAACCAUAUUGUUGAUGGCUCUUUAGAUGAAGGUGUGGCUUACGGGAGCUACACAGCCAAAUCGAUAACCCAGUAUGUCUUUCUGGCUCAGCGCCACUUUGGGAUUAACAAUCUCGAAAACCACUGGCUCAAAAUGCACUUUUGGUUUUAUUAUGCUACCCUUUUGCCAGGCUUUCAGAGGACUGUAGGCAUAGCUGAUUCUAAUUAUAACUGGUUUUAUGGCCCUGAAAGCCAGUUGGUUUUCCUAGAUAGGUUUGUGCUGAAGAAUGGGGUAGGUAAUUGGCUUGCGCAACAGAUUAGAAAGCACCGUCCAAAGGAUGGUCCAAUGGUGCCAUCCACUGCCCAGAGGUGGAGUACCCUUCACACUGAAUACAUAUGGUAUGACCCGGGUCUAACUCCCCACCCUCCACCUGACUAUGGCACUGCUAAAAUGCACGUGUUCCCUAACUGGGGGGUAGUUACAUAUGGAGCAGGGUUGCCAAAUGAUCAAACAAAUUCCUUUGUUUCUUUUAAAUCUGGAAAGCUGGGUGGCCGUGCUGUCUACGACAUAGUCCACUUCCAGCCAUAUUCUUGGAUUGAUGGGUGGCGAAGCUUCAACCCAGGGCACGAACAUCCUGAUCAAAACUCUUUUACCUUUGCUCCUAAUGGGCAGGUGUUUGUCUCUGAGGCCCUUUAUGGACCCAAACUUAGCUACCUGAACAACGUUCUGGUGUUUGCUCCAUCUCCCACAAGUCAGUGCAAUCAGCCUUGGGAGGGUCAGCUUGGGGAAUGCACUCAGUGGCUUAAGUGGACUGGGGAUGAAGUUGGAGAAGCAGCUGGGGAGAUUAUAACAUCAUCUCAGCACGAGGAGAUGAUGUUUGUGAGCGGGGAGGCAGCGUCUGCAUACUCAUCAGCAAUGAAAUUGAAAAGUGUGUACCGUUCGUUGCUUCUGCUUAAUCCUCAGACAUUGCUAGUGGUGGACCAUGUGGAGAAGGAGGAGGACUCUCCCAUCAACUCCAUCAGUGCCUUUUUUCAUAACCUGGACAUUGACUUUAAAUAUGUACCAUAUAAAUUUAUGAGCAAAUACAACGGAGCCAUGAUGGACGUCUGGGAUGCCCACUAUAAAAUGUUUUGGUUUGACCAUCAUGGAAAUAGCCCUGUAGCUAGGAUACAAGAGGCAGAGCAGGCGGCCGAAUUCAAAAAGAGGUGGACCCAGUUUGUAAAUGUCACUUUCUCCACAAAGAGUACUGUGGCAAGGAUUGCCUACAUGUUCCACGGGCCUUAUGUCAAUAUUUCUAGCUGUGGGUUUAUUGAUGACGCCCAGUCAGGGUAUCAGAUUUCUCUCAAUGUCAACAAUACAGAAACAGUUAUCUCUGUCGUUACAGACUAUUUGAAUCUGAGGACGAGGUUCAGUUAUUUAGGCUUUGGUGGCUACGCCAAGGUAGUCACUCAGGGAAAAGUGACAAGAUUUGGCCUGGGCACUGAAGCUAUAGAAAAGCAGGCACCGAGUAACAGAACUGUUUUCCCCUUUGGAUUUAAAGUGAAUGUCAUUGCAGGGCUGAUCCUGGGGAUUAGUUUGGCCGUGCUGGCCUUUCAGUGGCGGUUUUACAUCUCCUUCAGCAAACUCUUGCGCUGGAUCCUAAUCCUGGUCAUCGCGUUGUGGUUUGUUGAAUUGGUAGAUGUGUGGAGCUCUUGCACUCAGCCAAUCUGUGCAAGAUGGAGUACUGACGUGGCAAGUGCAGAGCGCAAUGCAGGGACGGACCAGGGACACGCUGUGAGUUUGCCUGAUGUGAUCAUUACCUCUCUCCCCAGUUCAGGUGCAGAAAUUCUGAAGCAACUGUUCUUCAACAGCAGUGACUUCCUCUAUAUCAGGAUCCCUGCAGGCUACCUUGAUAUCCCUGAAGCUGAAUUUGAGAUUGACUCCUUCGUAGAUGCCUGCGAGUGGAAGGCAUCUGAUGUUCAGAGUGGCCGUUUCCGGCUGUUCCAGGGCUGGCUGCAUUCCCUAGUCAAAGACACGAAACUCCACUUGCAGAAUAUUCAUUUACAUGACACCAGCAGAAGUAAGGUAGCUCAGCAUCCAGCCACCAGUAAAGACAAAAAGAGACGGCCCAGAAAGAGAGAAUCCAUAGCAGAACAAAGAAACCGAUUGAAAGGGAGCUCAGACAAAGAUGCUGAAUACAUUAGGGACCUGAGGAGACAUCUUGACUCUUAUCCAAAUGCACGCCCUGUGCUUAGUCUGAGCAGUGGGAGCUGGACAUUGAAGCUGCCUUUCUUUCAAGAAAUCAUAGGCCCUUCAUUGAGAGCACUCUACGUAGUACGAGACCCACGGGCAUGGAUCUACUCAGUACUGUACAAAAGCCAGCCUAGCCUUUAUUCCUUGAGGAAGGUUCCCCAGCGCUUAGCAAUGCUGUUUCAAGCCGAGGGAAGGGGGAAAAAGUGUCACUUAAAUUCAGGCUAUGCCUUUGAAUAUGACUCGCUCAGGGAGGAACUCUCUGAUUCGCAUUCCAAUGCCGUUUCUGUGAUGUCCCAUUUAUGGCUGGCAAACACGGCAGCAGCCCUGAGACUCAAUGGGGAUUUGCUGCCGGCUAAUUACCAACUGGUGAAGUUUGAAGACCUUGUCAACUUUCCUCAGAAGAUAGCUGAGUCCAUCUAUGCCUUUCUCGGCAUCCCUCUGUCUCCCACUAGCUUAAACCAAAUCAUGUUUGCCACAUCCACCAAUCUUUUCUACCUUCCUUAUGAAGGAGAGGUCUCCCCAGCGAGCAUCCAGGCUUGGCAACACAAUAUGCCUCGUGAGGAAAUUAAGCAGAUUGAGGACAUCUGUUUGACUGUAAUGGACCGCUUAGGCUAUCCAAAGUUUACUGAUUUAGAAGCUGCAGGUCAGCGGUAGUUUGCACUAAGGAUCCCCAGGCUCUUCAAUUUCUAGAUAAGAAUCAAAGAAGCUGGUUUAUUCUUGUAAAAUGUCUGUACAUUCUGUUACACAUGCAGAGAGAGAUUAUUUUAAAGGAAAUGAGAUAUUUGGUCUAGUAAGCUUCCCCCCCCUCCCCCUCCUCCCCCCUCCCCCUCCUCCCCUCCUAAAGAAACAAACAAAAACCCCUCAUAAUUACUUUUUCUGCCUUUGAAAAUAAAGCUGUGUGGAUCUUUACAUUCUUUUCCAGAUGGGAACUGGAUAUAGCUCAGGGGAUGGGUAGUAGGCUUUCAUUUCUAGGCUAUCAGCAUGAAUCACAGCCAGGUGGGGAGUUGCCAAGUGUUGCUAUAAUCUGCUGGUUAUUUGGUGGCCAAUGUAGGAAGAAGGCAGGUUUCAGCCCUAGUUCUCAAUGAACUGUUUGUGUCACAGAACAGACUUCACAUUUGGCAGCAAUGAUCUCCUCUGGGCUAGAUUUACUGGUAUGUUAUAUCUGCUUUCAACUACCCCAAUGGUGCUGAGAAGCUGUAAACUCAACCUAACCAGCCAGUUAAACUGUGUUUUAUGAUUGCCUAACAUCACCAGAACAACAUCUCUUUCUCGUGCUUGCAUGCACACACACGCACACACAUAUUGGCACAAUUUUGGCAUCCUAUUGGCAGACUUAGCAAAGACACCAAGACCAAAACUGAUAUGAAAGCAGAAUAAUACUCCUUAACGUGUUUCUUUGUUCUCGGCAGUGAAGAGUUUGGGUCAGGAGAAGAUUUUCUUCAGGAUAACAGUUCUGUGUGUGUGUCACACACAUGUAUGUAUAUGUGUAUCUCUCUCUCUCUCUCUCUCUCUCUCUCACACACACACACACACACACACACACAAUAGCUUGGGUCAUGCAAACAGCCCAUGUGGGCUUUGCUAUCUCAAGACUGGAUAACCUGUGGCCCCCCAGAUGGGCGACAACUCCCGUCAUCCCUGUCCACCGACCAUGCUGGCUGGGGCUGAUGGGAGUUGGAGUCUGAUGUCUGUAGGAACACAGAUUCCCCAUUCUUGUGCUAUCUGAUUGGCUGUGCAAAAAGGUAUUGGACCAAUGAAGGUUUAUAGAUAAGGUAGAACCACCUCUUUUUUCCUCCAUAAGAUCUUUCUGUGCAGCAGCAAAGCAAUCUACGCGUAACAUACUUUGUGACAGAUUUUCACUGAAGCUUCUUGGUAGUAAGGGUGUGUGUGUGUGCGUGCGUGUGCACAUGGGGUGGAUAGAAUAUAGUCUGUGGAGUUUGAGUUAAGUUCUGGCUCAAUCUGGAACAAUGGGGAAGAUGUAUGCAGAUCUCACAGCAUUUGAUGCCCUCCUCACUAUAAUGUAUUUAUCCUACUAACUCCAGGAUAGCUCCAUUGCCUUUAAUAGAAUGACUAUUGUAAAAUUGCAGCCUAAGGCUGGUUUCUAUCUUUACCAAAAAUUUCCUUUCAUGUGCAAUAUAUAAAGGUAGAGAUGAUUGUGGUAGCAUCUCCAUGCGGCAGGAUUAUAGCAAAUUUAAAUUUUACCAGGUGGAACAAUGUCAAAUAAUGCCAGUCCUUUGCAGAAAUCAUAGUGGUAAAUAUGUGGUCAGGGAGUGGGGCCAUACCUCAUGACCCCACCCCGGUGUCACAUGUACCCUCAGCCCUGAAUACUGAAUGCAUAUUGAAGCCUGUGUGCUUACCUAGAGCCAUUAUUAUGGUGUAGUGUUUACAGUGUCAGGCUAGGACUGGGAAAGUUUCUGGUUCAAAUCCUCACUCAGACAUAAAGCUCAUUGGGAGACCACUCUCUCUCAGCCUAACCUACUUUACAGUGAGAAGGUUGUGAGAAUAAAAUGAGGUUGGAGGAGGGAGAAUCAUGUGCACACCUUUGAUCUCCUUGAAGCAGUGUGGGAUACAAAUGCAAUCGUUUUUACUGCUGAAUGCACAAAGACUUUUUUGCAAUUGAGAACACUUUGCAAUAUGAGUUCCAAAUCAUGUACACACCCUAUGCGGCUAUUUUCUCAUAAUCUUCUUUUCAAAGACCAUGCUCAAAGCAUGUGUGCUACAUGUAUCUAUAGUAUGUGUGUCCAUGCAUGAGAGACAGAAAGAGAGAGAGGUAACAUAAAUGGCUAGAGGACUGGCAAGAGCUACAUCAUAAAUGACACAAUAAAUAGCAACUCAUCUUUCUUGUCACAUUUUCAUAGGGACAUUGGAAGCUGACAUAUACUGAGUCAGACCAUUGAACUAUCUAACUCAGUAUUGUCUACCCUGACUGGCAGCGGCUUUCCAACUUUUCAGACCAGGACUCUCUCCCGGCCCUACCUGGAGAUGUCAGGGACUGAACUUGAGACCGUCUGCAUGCAAAGCAGAUUAUCUACUACUGAGCUACAGUCCUCACUUUAGCUGCUAAAUUUAAUUUAGCACUGAAUACAAACCCUGCCAGGAUCAGAGCUCCCAAAUGGAGUUAAUUCCUGCCUUUUGGCACUGCAUGCCUUGCUUUCAGCAGGAAGCUUUGCAGCUGUGAUUUGAAUUCAAGCCAGGGCUGCAAAGGAAGAAGUUGGAGCAAACUUAAAGUGUGUUCUCAGUUCUUUAUGUUGAAUCACCUGAUGUCAUCCAAUGUCAGGUGAUUAACAAAUAGGUGGUCUUGCCCACCAGUCAAAAAUGGCCCACAGAGGGUGAGCCAAUUUUGCAUUCAGCCCAUCAGCUGAAUCCAGUUCACCACCCCUACUUUAGUACAUCAAAAAUGCUAAGCUGAAUCAAGACUUGAGAUAUAAGCACACUUAGCAGAGAAAUUAGAAUUACUAGGGAACUGAACUCAUGAGACAACUAACAAAACAUGCUUAGGAUCAUGCUGCUUAUCUUCAAUACAAGUCAUAGUGACUUUCAAGUAAAAAUCCAAUGGAAGUUAAUCACAUUUAUUGAUGUGUUUCUGUGGGUCCAGCAACAAGUUUAUCAGCAAUUAUUUUUGGCUGUAUUUCUUCAAAAGUAAAAGUUUUUUUUUCUAAAAACAAUUUUUUAAUGCAGGUGUGGGAAACAUUUUUCUCAAUGUUGCUGAACUACAACUCCCAUCAGCCACAUCAAGCAUGGCCAAUGGCCAGGGAUGAUGGGAAUUAUAGUUCAACAACAUAUGGAGGGCCAAAGAUUCCCUGCACCUAUUUUAAUGGGACUUUUAAGACUGUGGACCUGAGGAAGCAGGGACUUGUGUGUGUUAUUUCUGUGCAUCCCCUAGUGCAUAUUAGUCAUUUACUAAAAAAUAAAUUGUGAUUAUGAUCAGCAGCACAAUCCUAACCAUGUUUACUCAGAAAAAUCAUGUUGAAUUCCAUGGGGCUUACUCCCAGAAAAGUGGGGUAAGGACCACACCCUUACUUGCAAGUGAAUUUGCUUAGGAUUGUGGCAUUAAUACACUGAAUUUAUAAAGAACGUUGGGAUGACCUUAUGCUUUCUCCUUGCCUCACAUGAUUACUUUCCACUUGUGCCUGAAAUCCUGGUGAUGGUGAAUUAUAUUUAAUCUCACCAAUCCCUUUUUGAAUUCUACUUGUGUUUUCCAUUGUAUAGAAAAUCAGCUCAAUUGUUCCUUAAUUUGCACCAAAAUAUUUGCUUGAUUUAGAUGUAGCCACCUUCCUGCACACUGCUCUUCCACCUUUCUAAGCAACAGACUCUUUUCCCUUCUUUUCAAAGAAAUGUUGGAUGUAUUUUCCUAAUCUAUUGCUUCAUAUUCUCUGGAGAAGAAUACAUUCUCUAAAAGUCUGCACUUGUGUAAAUCAAGCCCCGGAUGCUAUCAGAGACAUCCAUGCUUUUUUCUCUCCUCCCCUCCCUUUUUUUUCUGUCUGGCAUUUCGUUUCAAAUGAAGUUACUAUAAAAUGUUUCAUCUUAUUUGUUUGAACCAGAAUCGGAGUUUGAUGCCACAAUGUUGCAAUGAGCUGGUUGAGUAAUUGCCAUUGGAGGGGGGUGACAAACAAUUAACUGUCAAAAUUUAAUGCAUUUGUCUUUGCAGACUGAUAUGAUAUCCUCUCUAUGAUCUUGAAUGCUUUCUUGUGGAGUCUUCUAAUCCUCCCACCCUCCUACCCUCCCUUUACAUGUUGCAACAUUCUGUGAUCUCUCAUUCUGACCUAGAUAAAAGUCGCUCGUUCCCAGCCGUUCAUUUUUAUGUCAAAAUGUGCCUCUAGCCUGAUAAAGCUGUUGAUAUGUUGCAGUUGCACGAAGUAUAACUUGGCUGUCACUUGUCUUGUAUUAGAAGAGGGACUGGCAGCCCUCCUCCUUUUUUACCUCCAGGGCUUUCCUCUGGCUCGACAGAAUGUCAGAUGCUAAAGGAAACAGCAAAGUGUAUUAAUGUGCAUUGGUGUGUCAGUGAAACCUUGGAUCACAGCUUUUUAUUCCUGCCAAGCUAUUUCUCUCCAUUUCCUGCCCUCCUGUUAUCAAACGUAUGCAACAAGAUUUUUUUAAAAAUUAUGGCCACCAUACAUUGCCAUUGUCAACAAAGCUAAUCACCACUCUUCAGACUGGUCAGCUGACACCUGGUGCCUUGUUCGAGAUCAGGGUUUAAGUCAAAUCAUUUGCUUUCAGUGCUGAGGCUUUGAUUGAAACCAGCAAAAUGGCUGGUCCCUAAUAGUACUUUCAGAGGUGCUGAUGGUAAGAAAUGGAGAGUUCAGAGAAGCUAGGGAGCCAUUGUUGCUUGCUAGUGCCAUUCUUCCAACAGAAAGGGUUUUGUAAUAGCUGUCCUGGAUGCUAUAUUCUUCCAACUAUUCAUCUUGAUUAAAAAUAGUUACAACUGCUGUUUCCAGAGAGUAAGUAGUUUGAAACUUGGGACUAAUAUAACACGGGAAUGACAUUUGAAAACACCUUUCAUUUGGGGUUCAACUUCAUAGCAUUAACUCCGGGGACCAAAGGGAGAGCACUGUUGCACUCAUGUUCUGUUUGUGGGUUUCCCAUAGACAUCUGGUGGGCCAGUGUGAGAACAGAAUGCUAGACUAAAUGAGCCUUUGUUCUGAGCCCAGUAGGUCUCUUCUUACGUGUUUCUGUGGCAUAACUGAAAACAGUAGUCCGUCCCUACAUGACCCAAUACAGGUUUCCCAGUCAAGUGGAUAGCUGAUCAGGGCAACCAUAGGCACUG